AAAAAAAAAAAAAGCUGAUGUAAAAUGCCUAACUUGGGUUAGGAUGCUUCAUUCUAUUAUACUUCUUGUUCAGCUAAGCUAAAGUAAGCGAGAUUAGGAGACAAAACGCACUCAGAUUAAGUUAAUUUAAUUUAACAAGAAUGCCAAAAAGUUGUAGAGUAAAACGUCGAACUAAUCUUGCUAGGAAAAGGUGUAAAUCUUUUCCAGUUAAAAAAUCAUUAAUUUAUGAAGAAGAAGUUGUUGUUGAUAGUGUAAAUAAAGAAUCUACUCCAAUUGUAAAUAUUUUAAUUAAUAAUGAGACUGUGGUUCACUGUCUGAGUGAUGAAAAUAAAAAUGACGCUUCUGAUAAUAUCGUAAAUAUUCCAGCAUCACAUUCAAAAAUACGACAAAUUGAUGUAGUUGAAACUUCUACUCUACUGUCUGGAUACAGAAUUAUAGAUAUAGAAGUGUUAUCUGUUAUUUUUAAAGAACUCAUUUGUCCAAUGUGCUUCAAUGAAGACUCUCUUGUGUUGUCUGACAACUUAAAAGAUCGACAUGGACUUGCCUCUUUUUUAGUUUUAAAAUGCUCAGAUUUUUUAUUUCGUAAAAAUUUUUGUACUUCAAAAAAAAGUGGUAAGCAGGGAUUUGACAUAAAUAAGCGAGCUAUUUACACAAUGCGGUCGUUGGGUCAUGGUCACGCAGGACUUGAAAAAUUCACUUCUUUAAUGAAUAUUCCUCCGCCAAUGACUAGAAAUAACUACGACAAGCUUGCUAAAACAAUCUCUAAAGUUGUGAAAAAAGUAGCAAUAGAAACUAUGUGUGAUGCUGCUGCGGAAAUCAGACACAAUUCGAAUACUGAUAUUGUUGAUACUGGUGUUUCAUGUGAUGGGACAUGGCAACGACGAGGUUUUUCAUCAUAUAAUGGCGUAAUGACUGCAAUAUCUAUUGAUAGUGGAAAAAUAUUGGACGUAGAGCCAAUGAGUAGAAUUUGUAAAGCUUGUAUUUUAAUGGAACCAAAAAAGAAAAGUGAACCUUUACAUUUUGCUGAGUGGAGAAAUGUACAUAAGUGUGCAUAUGACUACAAAGGGUCUGCUGGGGGUAUGGAGCCAAUUGGUAUGAAAAAAAUAUUUGAACGUUCUAUUACAGAACGCAAGUUUCGCUAUGUAAACUAUUUAGGUGAUGGGGACAGUAAGAGCUAUUUAAAUGUUAUGAAUGUCUACCCUGGUUUGGAAGUAAAAAAACUUGAGUGUGUUGGACACUAUCAAAAACGUAUCGGUACAAGAUUAAGAAAGUUGAAGAAAAAAACUAAAAACCUUGGUGGUAGAGGUAAAUUAACAGAUGCGACAAUUGAUCGGUUGCAAAGUUAUUUUGGUAUUGCGAUCAGAGCUAAUGUAGGAGAUUUAGCAUCUAUGAAAGCUGGUACUCUGGCAUCGCUUUAUCAUGUUGCCUCCAAUAAGGAGAAUAAUCUACAUUUUCCACAUUGCCCAGUAGGAGCUGAUAGUUGGUGCAAAUAUAAUUCAGAUAAAGCCAAUGGAACAAAUACUUAUAAACCUGGACCAGGUUUACCAAUUUCUAUUGUUUAUAAAAUCAAACCAAUCUUUGCAGAACUCAGUGCUGACCAACAUUUGGAAAAGUGCUUACAUGGUAAGACACAAAAUACUAAUGAAAGUUUUAAUUGUACUAUCUGGGAGCGUUUACCUAAAACGAAAUUUGUAUCAUUUAGUCAAUUAGAAUUUGGAGUUUAUGAUGCAGUAGCUAAUUUUAACAUUGGUCGAAAAGCCUCAAUUUUAGUUUAUGAAUCUUUGGACAUAAUUCCAGGAGUAUAUACUCUUAAAGGUUGUAAAAAUUUAAACUAUAAACGACUGUUACAUUCUAAGUACAGAAAUAUUGAUAAAAACAACCUUUCUGUGAACAUUUUAAAGUUUGCAGCUGUUAAGGAUGCAAAACUCUUUUCUUGA